AUGGGAUUCAUUCACACCCGUUUAUCUUUAGAAGAAAAUUUUGCAGCGUUACGUUUCUGUGCCCAACCGCCUUAAUCCCCACCGUCUCUCUCAAUUCCCUUCCUAGGGUUUUCCUCUCUAUCUUUCCCUUCAAAUCAAUUCCAAUCUCUCUCUGAAGUCGAAGCGAAGCGAGACGAGACAAUGCGGACAAAGUGAUCACAGACUUUAAAAGCAGUGAAUGAAAAAACGGAGAGCGAUCAUCUUCCUCAUUUCGUAUCCCCUCUUUCUGACAUUCACACCGGCACCGAUACAAGUGGCACAAGGCAGAACUGAAGAGCUGCUCCUACAUCAGUGCCAAAAUAGCUACUUCUUCCUGGAGUUCCAGUGCUUUUAAUACUCGCAGGAUUUGUCAUAUGGUGUACUUACAUGAUAUUCGUGGUUAAUGACACACCAAAAGGUUGCAGAUAUAUUGGACAGAGAUGGAUAUUUCUGGCCUCUUAACUUCUGCUGGUAUCAAUACAGGCUUUUGUCUUGUGGCUUUUGCACUAUACUCCGUUUUGAGAAAACAGCCCAGCAAUGCAAGUGUGUACUUUGGACAAAGGCUUGCUCAGUUACGGGCAAAACGCAACGACCAUUUCUCUUUUGACAGAUUUGUUCCAUCCCCUAGUUGGAUAGUAAAGACCUGGGAAGCAUCUGAAGAAGAAAUAUUAGCUUCUGGGGGCUUGGAUGCAAUGGUUUUCCUCAGGAUUGUUGUUUUCAGUAUCCGAAUCUUCUCCAUUGCUGCUGUGAUUUGCAUUUUUCUUGUGCUUCCAUUGAAUUAUUUUGGGAAAGAGAUGCGGCACCGGCAAAUCCCUGCAGAGUCAUUGGAUGUGUUUACAAUUGGGAAUGUCAAAGAAGGAUCUCAGUGGCUUUGGGCUCACUGCCUUGCAUUAUACAUCAUAUCCUUCUCUGCUUGUGUCCUUCUUUACUUUGAGUACAAAAACAUCACAAACAAGCGGUUGGAUUAUAUUGUUGGAUCUUCUCUGAAUCCAAGUCAAUUUACGAUUCUUGUUCGUGCCAUCCCAUGGUCUCCAGAAGAAUCAUACAGUGAUUCAGUGAGAAAUUUCUUCACAAAUUAUCAUGCGUCAAGUUAUUUAUCCCACCAAAUGGUUUAUCAGACGGGUGCAGUUCAGAAACUAAUGAUUGAUGCAGCAAAGAUGUACGAGAUGAUCAAGUGCAGUCCAUCUGAGCCACACUUUGGAUCAUGUUUGAUAAGAUGUGGCCUUUGUGGAGGAACUAAACAUUCUUUUAAGAUCCUUUCUGGUGAACAAGAAAGUAUUAGGGGGGGAAGUGGCUUUGUCAAUUCAGAUUUAAGAGAGAAGGAGUGUGGUGCUGCUUUGGUUUUCUUCCGGACUCGCUAUGCAGCUUUGGUUGCUGCACAGGUUCUUCAAUCACCAAAUCCCAUGAUAUGGGUCACAGACUUGGCUCCAGAACCAAAUGAUGUCUAUUGGAAAAACCUUUGUAUACCGUAUAGAUUACUUUGGAUUCGUAGGCUAUUAACUCUUCUGGCCUCCAUCGGUUUCAUGAUUGUGUUUGUUAUUCCUGUGACUGUAGUACAAGGCCUUCUUCACCUAGAGGGUCUACAGAAAAGAUUACCAUUUCUGAGUGGAGCUUUAAAAAGCAAGUUUAUAAUCCGCAUAGUGACUGGGUACCUUCCAAGUGUGGUAUUGGUUUUAUUUCUGUAUACUGUUCCUCCAACAAUGUAUCUGUUUUCAACAAUUGAGGGGGCUAUCUCUCGUAGUAGCAGGAAAAAGAGUGCAUGCUGCAAAGUCCUGUAUUUCUUAAUCUGGAAUGUUUUCUUUGUAAAUGUUCUAUCGGGGAAAGUUAUUGAGCGACUGAGUGUUGUUUCUAGUCCCAAAGAUGUAACCGCCCAACUUGGCACAGCAGUACCAACACAGGCAACAUUCUUUAUGACUUACGUUCUAUCUUCAGGUUGGGCAAGCUUGUCAUUUGAACUCCUGCAACCUUAUGCUCUUCUUUGCAACUUAUUCUACAAAUUCAUUCUCAGAAACAAGGAGGAUCCAUGCACUUUAUCUUUUCCGUACCACACAGAAAUUCCAAGAGUUCUCUUGUUAGGGUUCCUUGGCUUCACCUAUUCUAUAAUGGCACCUCUAAUAUUGCCCUUCUUGCUGGUUUACUUUUUUCUUGCUUAUCUCGUGUACCGUAAUCAGAUUCUCAAUGUAUACGUCACAAUGUAUGAAAGUGGGGGAAAGUAUUGGCCUAUUAUGCAUAACACUACAAUCUUCUCGCUGGUGCUGACACAAAUAAUAGCCAUAGGGGUCUUCGGACUGAAAGAAUCAACAGUUGCAUCAGCUUUCACCAUUCCGCUGAUUAUCCUUACACUCCUCUUCAAUGAGUACUGCAGGCACAGGUUUUACCCAAUAUUCAAGGACAAUGCUGCACAGGUUCUUAUUGAGUUGGAUCGCAAAGAUGAACUAUGUGGGAGAAUGGAGGAGAUGUAUAAGAAAUUUCCUAAAGCUUAUUCUCAGUUUCCAUCAACUUCCAAUGACUUGUGUAAAGACAUUCCCCUAAGCCAUUGUGAGGAUAGAGAUGGCAACACCAGACUUCAAGACCUAGCGGACAUUAAGCCAGGAAACCUACCCAUCCAAUCAUUGGUUGUUCGAUCAACUUUGGAGAUAGAAGAAUUGAACUUGAAGUAGCUUACCUUCAAAAAACCACCAAAAAAAGGAAAAGAAAAAAAUAAAAUAAAAAAAAAAGGUCCAGAUUUACUGUGCUGCGCAUAAUUGAUUUUUUAUAUACAAAAUUCUUCCCAUGUAUUUUUAUGUCACCACUAGAAUGGUGGUUUCCCUGGAAGAAACUGCUUGUAAGGAAAAAAAUUGGCGAAUAUUAUUUUAGGCCUUGUACAGAAGAUAGCUCCAGAGACAUUAAUGGAUGAAAAACAAGUGUUUGACAUGCAUACAAAUGAAGCUCUGUUUUUACAA